UAGCAGAACCAACCAAUGGAACCUUGCAAAUAAUCAAAACAACAAACAACCCUUAUCGGCGUCCUUUCUCCAAACAACCCUUAUCAGCGUCCUUUCUCCAUGAAAUGCUUCCUCCCAGUUGUAGUUGUUUCUCCCUUUCUUUACACUAAUUUUCAGCGUCUUCGGCGGCCCACAUUUCCCUGAUUUCUUCUCCAAAAUUACUUGCAUUGGAGCAAGCGCUCAUUUAAGAUUUUGUAACGCUUUCAUUCUCCUCCCGUGAGUAAGUAGUCCUUAUAAUAGUAGUAACUUUAAGAAUGCGAUUUCCUCGUCUGAUCGCAUCUUCUUGUGUGAGCGUGUCCAGUGAUGUCCGCAAGAAACAUCAAAUUUGUCCCAGCUAGUAUGAGCACUUAUUGAUCUUGCACCAUGCCAUGUGCCUCAACAUCGGAGUUUUUGUGCCCUGAUAAGGUAAACUUAUCAUGAAGAAGUAGUAAUACUUCCUCAAUCGUCUGUAAUCAGUCUAUGUCUGCCUUUCAAGGGACCAUGAAUCGUCUGCCUGACCCUGACGAUGACAUCGGAGACCACAUGAUGAUUCUACGAAACGUGAAAGCCUGUCUGGACACCAAUGACAACUGGCGAACUGUCGUCAAUGUCUUAGCCAAAUUCAGAUUACCGGUUGUGUUUGAUCCAUUUGUUUUGCGUAAAAUGGAAAUGGCCUCGUCUCCUGCAGACUUUCUGCUCAAUGAACUUAUCAUGCGGUGUUGCAAAGUCAAGUACCUGUGUGAAAUAUUAAGGAAUUCUUCUCAAUAUGAUGCUUUAUCAUACCUAGUGAAGCCAGAACCUGUUGAGAUAACAAAACAGCCUGGCGGAAACGAAGAGGUAUUACAAAUACGGCUAGGAGGAGAUUUAAAAUUACACUGUGAAGCAAUUGGUAUUCCUCCCCCAACAUUUCAGUGGUAUUUUGGGAAUGUUGUGCUUGAGAAUCAGACAAGCUCUUGCUUAUCUAUUCCAUCUUUUAGUGACAAUGAUGUCGGGGAGUAUCACUGCUCUGUCAUGCAGCAACUUCCGGGAGAGGUCAGAGAAAUCCACUCCAAUGUUGUUUAUGUCGAAAUAAUGGUUCAUUUACCAGUUUUUGUUAUUCAGCUACCAAAAGUGUUGAAUGUGAAGUUCAACGAAGGUGUUAUUUUGCGAAUAGGAAUCUCGUCAGCGGCACAUCUUGAAUGGUACAAAAAUAAUGAGCUGCUCCAAAAUGAAAAAUCGGAUGUCCUUCAGUUGAGCAAUAUCACAGAGAACACAGUUAUAAUGUGUCGUGCCAGCAAUUCCGCAGGCGAGGUUUUCAGUGAUAGAUGCCGUAUCAAUGUGAUGCCGCAUGAAUUCGAGCUCACCAACAACAAUCAAAAUUUCACCACAGCCAAGUUCGCUAUUUUAAUUGCAAACGAAAAAUACGACAAUUUAAACAGGCUUUAUACCCCAGCAUAUGACGCCUCAACUCUAGCUAACAUUUUGAUACGUUUGAAUUUCCAAGUUCUCACUCUGAAAAAUUUAACCAAGGAUGAGAUGAAAGUUGUCUUGAAGAAGUUUUGCCAGCUUAUACUUCCUGGCUCUUAUGUUUUUUUCUAUUACGUUGGGCAUGGAUUUCAAAUCGGCGAUAAAUAUAUGAUGGGAGUCGACACACCGUGUCCUCAAAGUUACUUACGCUCUGAUUGUAUCUGCGAUCAAGAGGUCAUUAAAGAUAUCAUGAUGGCUGUGCCUAAACUACUAGUCAUAAUUCUAGAUAUGUGCCUAAGAGUCCCUGAUAAGUCUGAAAAUCCUGAAAUCUACUCCGAAGUCCCUCAGAUAGUUGAAUAUGAACGGAAUGGGAACUGCAAUCUAGUUCAAGGCUAUGCAACAUGUUGUCAUCUAGGAGCCUACGAAAAACGCACCAGCCAAAAUGGACUGUAUGUGCAACAUCUUGCCAAGUUUUUGGACAAAAACUUACCCAUCACACAAAUACUUCAGUUAGCACAUUUAGAUUUCAAUCGCUGCAAAGGAACAGAUAGACAGAAACCAUAUCUCAGCUCUGACGAUGUGAAAUGUUUCAAACUCACAGACCCAAUCAAAAGUGAUCAACCAGCUUCUAGACAUCUAGAUCUGUUCAACAAUUUGCCUGAGUCGGGUGAAAUUUGUUUUCCGUGCAUUAAAAAACGGAUUUGUAUAACAUUCAGCAAACAUAAUUUUGUGUAUUGCAAUGCUAUUGAUGUCCAGCUCUCUCAGAUAUUCGAUUCUCACUCUAUUGUUGCCACCGUCAACCAUGAUGUCCUUGAAACCUCUUGGAAAGUUGACAUGGAGAAAAAAUGCAGUAUAUUGACUAUAGAAAAUUUACAACGAAUUAAGUUUCAAGAGGAAAUCAUCAUAACUCUAAAAAUCUGCAAAUUCGACAUGACAAGCAACGAAACUGGUGUGGAGGAUGACUCUCAAAAUCAGCUGAAAGUGUUGGACUACUUCCAGAUCAACAUAGGCUCCCCUUUAAUUAGCUAUGUUGACUUGAAAUCAUAGCAGAAUCUAAAGAUUCAUAACCUUGCAUCCUUCAAGUUUUACGCUAAUCCAACUUCUAAAUGUUACACUCAUCAAUCUCAAGUUCUUCUUGAUUUGAUGUAGUUCCAGUUGUAUGGGUUAUGUGACAAACCCAAAAACUUCGAUUCUCUUUAUUUUUCAUAUUUAAAUGUUACCGAUGUAGUUCCUCUUUAAAUUUUAAAAACUCCAAUCGACAGGUAGUUUUCAUCUUCCUCGUUUGAGGACUUUGGUAGUGGAAAGACAAAUUGGUUUUGUACUCUUACAAAUAUGGCUGCAUCCGGGGUCCAAUUUGAGAGUAUGUACUCGGCGUAGAAGGUUUUGAAAACUUGUAUGUAUAAGUUUUCAAGUGUAGAUUUUAAGCGUUGUUUUUUGAGGGUUGAAGGUACUCACUUUUUGCAAUUAUUUUUUUAUAUUUUUUUUUUUUUUUUUUUUACUCUAUUAUAUUUUUCAUUUUCUUUUACAAAUACAUAGGAAAAAUACACACAAUUAGAAAGGAAGAAAAAGAUGACUCUAAGUAGAAAAAGGAAGAAAAAGAUACAGUAAAAUUUAAAAUUAAACAAGGAUAAACACUACACAAAGAGAUAUUUGAUACAUGAUAGGAUGUCUAAGUCUUGACGUUGUUCUUUGAUGUAACGGUGUGCUUUCUUGAGUGUUAUCUCAAUGAUAUCCAAGACAUUUUCGAGUUGAGAUAACUCAAAAUGUUCGAUGUUUGACGAUGAGGGCAGUGGCCGGGUGAAAGCCUUUUGCGUGGUUAGGAAAAGGUUGGCAUUUGGUGCCCUAUUGUAAAGGACGUAAUCCAAAAAUUGGGUUUUCAGAUGUUGUUGAUAGAGGAAUGUUUCGGUACGGUGGUACCUCCACUGUGCGUCGGCGAUUUGAGACGAAAUUCACAUAAGCGUGUGGGCAGUUUCACUUAAGCGGGGGUUAAUAACUGUAAAGAUGGGUACUGGGAUCCAGAACUCUUCAUUUUCGACUGCAGUGUUCAUGGCUGAGACGGUAGGUCGUGAGGUGGCGAACGGAGAGGACAGAAUGAGACUUUUUCUGGAAGCUGGUGGCGAUUCGGGUUAUGUGAAGGCAGGAGGAAGGGGUGGACAAGGAAAUUUGGAGGCUGUGAUUGGUUAAAUUUUGGGGGGGAGUGAAUAAGGGCAAUUUAUUGGGAGAGAAAUGGAAUAAAUAGGAUGCACUUUGCAAAAUAGGAAAGAUUAAGAAAAUUGAGUUCACGACUAUGUGAGAAGCGAAUGGGGGAAUAAGGGCAAAUUGGGAGGAAGUAGAGAAAAUCAAUACUAUAAUAUUCACUUUUAUAGUAUAAAAGUUGAGAAAUUAAUUUAUUUUUGUAAGAACGAAAAUCAAUAGGAUAGUCACUUCUAUGGAAUAAUUUAAUGUAUAAUUUCCGUGCUCGUAGUUCUUGUAAAUUAACAACAGAAGGAUUUUUACCGAUAUAAGAGAUAAUUUUAUGAAUCCAAUGCUGCGGAAUAGCUAAAUCAUGCGUAAGGAGGUGAAAGACGUAUGAAGACUGGUAAUUUUCAAGAGACAACGUAAAAUAUGUUUCUAAGACUCUGUGGUCAUAACACCAUGUGUCAGUGUGUAAGAUAAGUUUCUUACAGUUAAGAAAUUGACAUUGAUUGAAUAUUUCAGGUUCGUCCCACAUCUGAAAGAUACAAGUGGAAGUUAGACAACAAGAAUGAGGGUGAAUGAGAUUAAGUUGCAGGGGUUGCAUGUGCAGCAGGGUUUGAUGCAUUCCAAAAUGUCUGCAUAUUGACGCUUUUCGUCGAUGAAAAGGCGAGCUUCGGUGAUUGUUGUUUCCAAGGUCUCCAAGACCCACUCGAGUUGAGACAGCUCAAAAUGCUCGAGAUCGGGCACCUCUUGUAAUGGUUGAUUGAAUGCUUUGAGGGUCACUAUGAAGAGAUUUGUGUCUGGUUUUUUGCUGUUAAUUAAGUAAUCCAGGAACUGCGUCUUUAAGUGCUGGUAAUAGAGAAAGGUAAAAUAGAACAAAAGGAUUUUUACCGAUAUAAGAGAUAAUUUUAUGAAUCCAAUGCUGCGGAAUAGCUAAAUCAUGCGUAAAGAGGUGAAAGACGUAUGAAGACUCGUAAUUUUCAAGAGACGACGUAAAAUAUGUUUCUAAGACUCUGUGGUCAUAACACCAUGUGUCAGUGUGUAAGAUAAGUUUCUUACAGUUAAGAAAUUGACAUUGAUUGAAUAUUUCAGGUUCGUCCCACAUCUGAAAGAUACAAGUGGAAGUUAGACAACAAGAACGAGGGUGAGUGAGAUGUAGGUGCAAGGGGUUGCAUUACCGGUAGGGAGAUGCAAAAGUGCAAUAAAAACGUCGUAAAAUCGGUGAAUAGAACAGUGCGCCCGUAUGAGAAGGGGGUUGGUACAAGAAGCUGCCAGAUGGGCAGCAAAAACCCACGGAUUACAAAGUUAUGAAUUACAGAUGGGACAAGAAUUUGUGUUAUAAGUAAAAUUUAUGACGUAGUAAUUUUGAAAAUUUUUCUUAAUCAGUAAGGAAUUUGGGAAACUCCAUAAUUGAUAAGCAGGAUGUGUGAUUAGUGAAAGUAAUUUGGCUUGGAGUAUUUGUUUGUAAAGAAAAUAUGAAUGCUGGAAUUCUAAUACAAGUGUAGUACAAAAAUUCUCGUUUAAAAGACUGUUCUUUACAAGAAAAAUAUUUAAGAGAAAAGUUUCAAGAGAUUCAGUAAAUUCCAUGUUAUUUUCACAAAGGCACAUGGAGAUUUUAAAACUAGUAUCUGCAAUGAGAAGUAGUUGCAGUGAAUAUUUGCUUUCGUGAACAAGGUUGAUGGUGUUAGCCGUGAGUAAGCAUGACAAUGUCGGGUUUUCUGACAAGAUUCUGAUGCUUCUAUCAAAAAUUGUAUUUUGAAAGGACAGAUCAGUUGGUGGGAAGCGAAUUUCUAUUUUGACAGGCGGAGUGUUGUGAUUUACGUCGAAUAAGUUGAACAUCAAGUCUAAAUGAUAAUUGACAAAGCGUUUGGAUUGCAUGAUUUUAGAUGCACAGGAAUCUGGAAGGAUUUUGAAAGAGAAAAAAAAAAAGGUUACAAAGGCGAAAUGUGUGUAACAUAGAGUGAAUAAAAGGUAAUAAAAGGAUUGCACAAAUUAUGAAUACAAUAGGUGAACAGUAGUAAUUGUAGCGUCGGCGAACAGAAGAGAAAUGGGAAAGAGAAAAAAGAAAGAGAAAGUUUAUAAGAAUGAAAGAAGAUAAAUAUGUGAUAGAUGUGACUACA